UUCAGAUCACUACCAGCUUUAAACAUCUCUCGUUUUGUGUAAACUAGGGUUAGGGUUUAUAACUUCAAUAAAAUGGCUCCCAAAUCUGAUGCCAAAGGUGGAAGAGGAAAACCCAAGACCACAAAAUCCGUGUCUCGAUCUUCCAAGGCCGGUCUUCAGUUCCCCGUCGGUAGGAUCGCCCGAUUCCUCAAGGCCGGAAAGUACGCCGAACGUGUUGGCGCCGGAGCCCCUGUUUACCUCUCUGCCGUCCUCGAAUACCUCGCCGCCGAGGUUUUGGAGUUGGCAGGGAAUGCUGCAAGGGAUAACAAAAAGAGCAGAAUUGUUCCAAGACAUAUACAGUUAGCAGUGAGGAAUGAUGAAGAACUUAGCAAGUUGUUGGGGUCAGUGACGAUUGCUAAUGGUGGUGUUUUACCAAAUAUACAUUCAACUUUGCUACCAAGCAAGGUUGGAAAGGAUAAAGGUGAAAUUGGUUCUGCUUCUCAAGAGUUCUAGAUCUUAUUGCAUAUGAAGUUUUUGUAAAAACGAAAAAGGCUUGUUUUGGGGUUUUCUUUGCAAUCGAAUUAUCAAAAUUUUGGUACUAUAAUCAUUGGUUGGACU